UCGGCGCGCUGCCAGUCACCAGUGUUGCCAAUGAAUGUUGAGAAACAUUUCAAGUAUGUUCUUUUGUUGUUUUGUUGCUGCACUAUGGUGUAGGGUGUAGCAAUAGAAAGCACGACGGACAAAUCGUCAUUUAUCGCGCAUAUUUUCGUGUCUUCUCCGUUUUGAGAGAUCAUCGGAGAGAGAAAGAAAGUCAAAGCAGUCAAAGCGUGCUUCAUGUGCUCUAUUAAAUGAUACAAAUACUUAUGGCUUCGUCAAAAUGAGGAAGGAAAGAGAGGAGGAAGAGAAAGGGUUUGCAAGCGCAAAUAGAUCGCGACAGUUAUCACUUUGUCAGAUCUGAAUCUCGAAAGCUUUUAUCCGCUAACAGCUUCGCGCGGCAAAUCCAAAAGUCAGACGAAUUUCGCGAAAAAAUGGCGUUUUCGCAGUCGCAUCAACAGGAACUGAUUGAACUGGCCGAGAUAACGGGAAUCUCCGCGGUACCCGGCGUUUUCCGCAUUGUGUUGGAAUUACUGGCGUUACAAGUGUCUCCAGAGGAUAUUUAUACACUUCUCAAACGAAUCUCGACGAGAUCAUCAAAAUCGGUGAAACGACAGACGAUAAAUGAGGAUGGGCACGCUUCUGGCUCAUCUUCGAGGAAACAAUAGUUGUUUAUCAAAUUGACGUUUUUAUCAGACUGACGUUAGCAAUUAAUGUUCUUAAUUAUGUUACGAAAAAUGUAUUGACGUAGACGAAAUGUAUAUAAUUUAUGUAGAUAUAAAGAUAUAUAACUUAGACAUUUUUCUAUAAA